AUGCCUGUUCAGCGACUGCAAGGCUGCCGCUCCCUCCACUUAAACGAAGACAACGGCCGCUUCUUGCUGCUAGCCAUCCUGAUCGUUCUGUAUCUGCUGUGCGGUGCCGUGGUGUUUUCUGCUAUAGAGCGUCCUUCGGAGGUGCAGGCGCACGGCAAAUGGAACAUAACACUUUUCAACUUCAGCGAGACGUUCAAUAUCAGUUUGGAGGAUCUGAAUUCUUUCCUACGGGAGUAUGAGACUGCUAUUGCCGCGGGGAUCCGAGCUGAUGCUCUCAGGCCGCGAUGGGAUUUUACAGGGGCUUUUUAUUUCGUUGGGACUGUGGUGUCAACUAUUGGUUUCGGGAUGUCCACUCCAGUGACGGUAGCAGGGAAGGUGUUCCUGAUCUUCUACGGUCUCCUCGGCUGCGCCGCCACCAUCUUGUUCUUUAACCUCUUCCUGGAACGCAUUAUCACCCUCCUGGCCGUGGUCAUGAAGGCCGUGAGGGAACGGCGCAUUCGUAACUCUGGCCUCCUCCCGCCGGGUAUUCGCCAUGACUUCUCAGCGUGUUCUUUCCCGGGGUGGAAGCCGUCGGUCUACCACGUCAUGUUGAUCCUGGGGCUAUCCGCCAUCAUCAUCUCCUGCUGCGCCUCGGCCAUGUACACCCCCGUGGAGGGAUGGGCCUACCUGGACUCACUCUACUUCUGCUUCGUCACAUUCAGUACCAUCGGCUUUGGGGAUCUGGUGUCGAGCCAGAGAGCGGACUAUGAGUACCAGCCGCUGUACCGUCUGGCCAACUGCCUGUUCAUCCUCAUGGGCGUGUGCUGCAUCUACUCUCUGUUCAACGUCAUCUCCAUCGUCAUCAAYCAGGUGCUCAACUGGAUGCUUCAGAAUCUAUGCUGCCAGCGGUGUAAAAUCAAGUCCAACUCUUUCCCAUUGGGUCGCCGCAACGCCAUCCGGCCUGGUUCGAGAAUCCGUAAAGGUCGCUUCCGAAUCAAACGCACGCUGGACUCGGGGGAUUCGGGACCCCACGAAAGAGACAUGGAGGGAGGAGGACGCAGACUCUCGGGAGAGAUGAUAUCAAUGAAGGACCUGACGGCCUCGAAUAAGGUCUCACUGGCACUCAUGCAGAAGCAGUUAUCAGAGUCCGCUAACGGUUAUCCCAGGACGGUGUGUGGGGGCUCGAGACAUAACGGGUUCUCUGGAGGAGUGGGUGCUCUGGGGAUCAUGAACAACAGGCUGGCAGAGACCAGCAACUCCAGGUAG